GGGCUGCUCCUUAAAGGAGCCGUCAGAGGGUGCCCCGUAGCCCCUAGGCUUCUCCCCUUCUCCAGGGCGAGAAGGGGCUGGGGAGGGGAGGCACUGCUGCCGGAGUUCUUGGUGGAGUGUGGGAAGGCAGCUGGGUGUUUUGUGGCGUCUCGGACCUCACCGGCCCAGAAGAGGCAGCGAUCCCGGGGCAGAGUCCAGGGCGGCUCAAGGCUCCUCCACACACGCCUGCUGAACCCUGAGCACCCUGAGCCGCUGGGAUGGGGCGGGCUGAGGCCGCCGCCAUGAUCCCGAGCCUGGCUCUGCUCUGGGCAGCGGUGCUGGGGGGUGCCAUCCCCAGCCUCCCACGCCUUCGGCUCUCCUUCCAAGAGCUCCAGGCCCGACAUGGUCUCCGGACCUUCAGGCUGGAGAGGACCUGCUGCUACGAAGCUUUGCUGGUGGACGAGGAGCGUGGACGCUUGUUUGUGGGUGCCGAGAACCAUGUGGCCUCCCUCAGCCUGGACAAUAUCAGCAAGCGGGCCAAGAAGCUGGCCUGGCCGGCCCCUGUGGAAUGGAGAGAGGAGUGCAACUGGGCGGGGAAGGACAUUGGUACUGAGUGCAUGAACUUCGUGAAGCUGCUGCAUGCCUACAACCGCACCCACCUGCUGGCCUGUGGCACAGGGGCCUUCCACCCAACCUGUGCAUUUGUGGAGGUGGGUCACCGGCUGGAGGAGCCCAUGCUCCGGCUGGACCUUCGAAGGCUAGAGGAUGGCAAGGGCAAGAGUCCUUAUGACCCCAGGCAUCGGGCUGCCUCCGUGCUGGUGGGGGAAGAGCUGUACUCGGGGGUGGCCGCAGACCUCAUGGGCCGGGACUUUACCAUCUUCCGCAGCCUGGGUCAGCGUCCGAGUCUCCGAACAGAGCCACACGACUCCCGGUGGCUCAACGAGCCCAAGUUUGUCAAGGUAUUUUGGAUCCCGGAGAGUGAGAACCCGGAUGAUGACAAGAUCUACUUCUUCUUCCGUGAGUUGGCAGUGGAGGCCGCGCCGGCACUGGGACGCCUGUCCAUUUCCCGUGUUGGCCAGAUCUGCAGGAACGACGUGGGUGGCCAGCGCAGCCUGGUCAACAAGUGGACAACGUUCCUGAAGGCACGGCUGGUAUGCUCGGAGCCUGGCGUUGAGGGUGACACGCACUUCGACCGGCUCCAGGACGUGUUCCUGCUUUCUUCACGGGACCGCUGGACCCCGCUGCUCUAUGCUGUCUUCUCCACAUCUAGCGGCAUCUUCCAGGGCUCCGCAGUGUGUGUGUACAGCAUGAACGAUGUGCGCCGGGCCUUCCUGGGACCCUUUGCACACAAGGAGGGGCCCAUGCACCAAUGGGUGUCCUACCAGGGCCGCGUGCCCUACCCCCGGCCUGGCAUGUGCCCCAGCAAGACCUUUGGCACCUUCAGUUCCACCAAGGACUUUCCUGAUGACGUCAUCCAGUUUGCCCGGAACCACCCCCUCAUGUACAAUUCAGUCCUGCCCAUGGGGGGACGCCCUCUCUUCCUACAAGUGGGUGCCGGGUAUAACUUCACCCAGAUCGCUGCGGACCGUGUAGCUGCUGCUGAUGGACACUAUGACGUCCUCUUCAUUGGCACAGAUGCCGGCACAGUGCUGAAGGUGAUCUCGGUCCCCAAGGGCAGCUGGCCUAACGCCGAGGGUCUGCUCCUGGAGGAGCUGCACGUGUUUGAGGACUCAGCCGCUGUCACCAGCAUGCAAAUCUCCUCCAAGAGGCACCAGCUGUACGUAGCCUCGCCGAGCGCAGUGGCCCAGAUCCCGUUGCACCGCUGUGCUGCCCACGGCCGUGCCUGUGCCGAAUGCUGCCUGGCGCGUGACCCCUACUGCGCCUGGGAUGGGGCUGCGUGCACGCGCUUUCAGCCCAGUAGCAAGAGACGGUUCCGGCGGCAAGACGUAAGGAAUGGGGACCCCAGCACGCUGUGCUCUGGGGACUCGUCCCAUCCCACGGUGCUGGAGCGGAAGGUGUUUGGUGUGGAGGGCGGCAGCGCCUUCCUGGAGUGUGAGCCCCGCUCGCUGCAGGCGCGUGUGGAGUGGACCUUCCAGCGCUCAAGGGAGGCGGCCAGCACCCAGAUGAGGUCCAGCUCCGCCCAGCGAGGCUCCGCCCAACCAGACCCCGUUGGUCCAGUUUGGUCCCUUACCUGCACUCCACACCCUGGUGCCGGCGGAGGAGCAUGCGGAGCGCACUACGCGAGGGCUGCUGCUGCGUGGGCUGCGGCGCGGGGAUUCGGGCGUGUACCUGUGCGCAGCAGUGGAGCAGGGCUUCUCGCAGCCGCUGCGUCGCCUCGCCUUGCACGUGCUGAGUGCUGCGCAGGCCGAAAGGCUUGCCCGGACGGAGGAGGCUGCGCCCGUCGCGCCGCCGGGCCCCAAGCUCUGGUACCGGGACUUCCUGCAGCUGGUGGAGCCAGGCGGCGGUGGCGCGAGCUCCCUGCGAAUGUGUCGUCCGCAGCCCGCGCCGCGCCCACCUUCUCCGGAGUUGCGGAGGAAGGGCCGCAACCGGCGGACACAUGCCCUAGAGCCCCGGUCUGAGCGGGGGCCGCGCAGCGCAGCGCACUAGUGACUCGGCCGUCCCCACGCCGGGGACUGGGGAGGCAACGACAGGCGGGAGAGAGGGGGCGGACAGACCCUGGGAGACGGACAGCUGGGUGCCGGACACACUGCCGUCCCCGGCCGAUGGACACCGACUGACAGGCCCUGGCCGAGGGGCAGCCGCGCUGGCUUAUUUAUUAACAGAGGAUAACCCUUGAAUGUAGCCCCUGGAGGGUGGCCCAGGCCUUGCACAGGGUCCGGCUGGUGGCUGGCUGGGAGAAGGUAGAGAAGCAAGGCUCCAGAGCCACGACCUGGGCGGGGGAGGUGACCGGAGUGCUCACCCUGGGGGAAGGACCUCCUCCUUGGGCAGUGAGCAGAAAGCUGUGAACAGCCUGGGCUGGUGGGGGUGGGGGUGGGGCAGGCCGACUGUACUAAUGCAAUAAACACACUAUCAGCUGAAGUUGGAAUGGCCCCAGCAGACAACCGCUGGUCCUAGGUCUUGCUGUGUGGCCUUGGGCACCUUCCUAGCUGUCUCAGGACCUCAGUUUUUUCUGUCUAAGGAUGCUGCGGGGAGGAUUAAAGGUGGUUUCCAUGUGA